AUGUACAGUGGAUGCAGAUCUUCGGAGACCACACGACGUCUACGGCCCCAUCGUGCUUGCAGCAUUUUUAUCACUCCUCCACCAUAUCCGGGCUAUACAUCCUGUCUAGGAUCGAUCAGUAAGAAUCGUCACGGUGAUGCCACAUUCAUAUCGUACGGUGAAAACAUUUCCAUAGAACCGGUGAGAAAUCCCACCUACCCUCGUCGUCCGCCUGCAGCCACUUCAGAAGAAAGGAUGUUUUCAUCCAGAUCAGAUUUUAAACUGAACAGUAGUCCACCGUUGGCAUCGCCGGAAAAUGAUUCAGAAUUUCAGGAUGAAAGGAACAAUGGGGAAAUGAUCAUAACAAUCCCUAUUUCCGGGAAAUGGAAUCAAUACCAAGUUUCAUUGGAUCUUGAUCCACCAUCGAAGAAAUCCUCGCAAGUUGCGUCCGCCUCUUCCGGUUACGGCUCCUCAUCCGGUGAAUCUGAUCAGGAGAUCAGUGAGCAGUUGUCCCUGAAAGAGACGAUGAGCGAAAGUACGAGAUCGGGCGGCGUAUUCGUGGGACGUCGUGAACGACAGUUUGUGGACAGAUGGCGGCGACGUAGCGUACCGGCGUCGUUGCGCAGCGCAUUCACCGAUGAUGUGAUGAGAAUUCUACAGAAGGACGGACAUGUGAUUCGUGUGGAGACCGAUGCGGAUACCGGCGAAACUCUAAAUAUGGAAAUUCGAGGUGCCAGACGUCCUGAAUCGGUCAUGCAACUUGCAAGAAGGUUUGGAGAGAUCAGCGCAGCGCAGGAAAAUGAUGUGCAUCGUUCAAGAAAUUCAUUGAUGGAUGGUAAAGAGAACGCCACAGCCGCCACAAUCAGUCAAUCCAGAAGUGGACCAUGUACUCCAGUGAAAAUUGUGCAUACAACGUCAGAACGUGGUAUUGGAGGAAUCGCUAGCUUGAAGAGUACUCAUCAACCAAGAAUGGCAGCUCGUACAAAUAUGUUCAAACAAAUGGAACGAGUGAACAGCUCAACAUCACCACGAGUGAUGAAUCCGAACUCGAUCAAGGAUGCACUAUUGCGAUGGGUUCAGUCAAGAAUACACGGAUAUCCUAAUGUGAAUGUGACCAAUUUCUCAUCGUCAUGGGCUGACGGUAUGGCAUUUUGCGCUCUAAUUCAUCGAUUCGCUCCAGAAGCAUUCGACUUCAACAAGUUGGAUCCGAAGAACAGGCGACAAAACUUUGAACUGGCUUUCCGAGUAGCAGAGGAACAUGGUAUUUGUCCUUUGCUCGAAGUCGACGACAUGAUUCUAAUGGGUGAUCGACCAGAUUGGAAAUGCGUUUUCACCUAUGUCCAAUGUUUUUACAAACAAUUCCGCGACCAUCCAUAA